AUGGCAGGCGAACGUGCCUCCUCCGACGAAGACCGGAAACUCGAAGCUGGAACCGCCCAGAGUCAAGCACCAGAGCCGGCUGCGAGCGCCGGAGGCGGGCUCCCUCCGGCCUUCUAUAUUGCUCUAUGGAUUGGCCUGAGCUCCAGCAUCAUCAUCUUCAACAAAUGGAUCCUGACGACCGCCAAGUUCGAGUUCCCUCUAUUUUUGACAACAUGGCAUCAGGUCUUCGGCACCAUUAUGACACAAUACAUGGCCCGCUUCACCAAGACGCUCGAUUCCCGUCAUAAGGUUCCUAUGACAACGGAGACAUACAUCCGAGCAAUUGUUCCCAUCGGGCUGAUGUUCAGUUUGACUCUGAUCUGCGGCAACCUGGCGUACCUGACCCUGAGUGUCUCGUUUAUCCAGAUGUUGAAGGCGACUACUGCCGUGGCCGUACUCCUAGCGACGUGGGCCUUCGCCAUUGCGCCUCCAAACAUGAAGGUUCUAGGAAACGUGGCCAUCAUUGUCCUCGGUGUGGUCAUCGCCUCGUUUGGAGAGAUCAAGUUCGAGCUUUGGGGAUUCGUCUACCAGAUCGGCGGUAUUGUCACCGAGGCCUUGCGCCUGGUCAUGGUCCAGCGUCUCCUCAGCUCCGGCGAUUUCAAGAUGGACCCCUUGGUGUCCUUGUACUACUACGCCCCAGCCUGCGCCGUCUUCAACUCCAUCUUUACCUUCUUCAUUGAAGGCCCCCGCAUCACGAUGAACGAUAUUCAAUCUCUCGGGUUCACAGUUCUGCUCGCCAACGGUCUCGUUGCAUUCCUCCUCAAUGUCUCUUCUGUACUCCUGAUUGGCCAAACCUCUGCCGUUGUCCUUACCAUGUCCGGAAUCUUGAAGGACAUCCUGCUGGUGUUCGCGUCCAUGCUCAUCUUCCGCGACCCCGUCACCGGUCAGCAGUUCUUUGGCUACUCCAUCGCCCUCGCAGGACUGGUUUACUACAAGCUCGGCGCCGAGAAGAUGCAGUCUCUCGCUACCGACGCCCGAUUGCAGUUUGCCGACUUCCGCCAGAAGAACCCUGCGAGGACCAAGGUGCUUGGCAUUGUUUCUCUUCUGCUCCUCGUGUCCUGGGCCUUCUGGAUUCUUUCUGCUACCAAUGGCAUGAUUGUCAAGUUGCAACGAUAUCGCAGGCCAUAUUCGAAGCUGUGCGAGGCUUGA